AUGGACGGCAGCCGGUGCGCGGCCCUGGCUCUGCUGCCGAUGAUGCUGCUGCUCGCUUGGUGCCUGGCCCCCGGCGGCGGAGCCGAGCGGCAGUUCCUCAACGAGUGGGCGGCGGAGAUCCCGGCGGGCCCCGACGCCGCCAAAGCCAUCGCGGAGGAGCUGGACUACGACCUCGUGGGUCAGAUUGGAUCACUCAAAAACCACUACCUGUUCAGGCACAGGAGCCAUCCCCGGCGGUCUCGGAGGAGUGCCCUUCACAUCACCAAGAGGCUGUCUGAUGACGAGAGGGUGUCCUGGGCAGAGCAGCAGUAUGAAAAGAAGAGGACCAAGCGUGGAACUGUGAGAGACUCUGCAGAGGAUCUGUUCAAUGAUCCCAUGUGGAACCAGCAGUGGUACCUGCAAGACACCAGGAUCACUCCAUCCCUGCCCAAGCUGGAUCUCCAUGUCAUUCCUGUAUGGCAGAAAGGGAUCACAGGCAGGGGAGUUGUCAUCACCGUGCUGGAUGAUGGCUUGGAGUGGAACCACACCGACAUCUAUGCCAACUAUGACCCAGAGGCAAGUUAUGAUUUCAAUGACAACGACCAUGACCCCUUUCCUAGAUAUGACCCAACAAAUGAAAACAAGCAUGGGACACGAUGUGCAGGAGAAAUUGCCAUGCAAGCCAACAACAGGAAAUGUGGAGUUGGAGUGGCCUACAAUUCCAGGGUUGGAGGCAUCCGAAUGCUGGACGGGAUCGUCACCGACGCCAUUGAAGCCAGCUCCAUCGGAUUCAACCCCGAGCAUGUGGACAUCUACAGUGCCAGCUGGGGACCCAAUGAUGAUGGCAAAACUGUGGAGGGACCUGGGAGGCUGGCACAAAAGGCUUUCGAGUAUGGCAUAAAGCAGGGGAGAAAGGGGAAAGGCUCCAUCUUCGUGUGGGCAUCGGGGAACGGCGGCCGCCAGGGUGACAACUGCGACUGCGACGGCUACACCGACAGCAUCUACACCAUCUCCAUCAGCAGUGCUUCCCAGCAGGGCCUGUCCCCCUGGUAUGCAGAGAAGUGCUCCUCCACCCUGGCCACAGCCUACAGCAGCGGGGAUUACACUGACCAGAGAAUUACAAGUGCUGACCUCCACAACGAGUGCACAGAGACUCACACUGGCACCUCCGCCUCCGCCCCACUGGCUGCAGGGAUCUUCGCCCUGGCGCUGGAGGCCAACCCAGAUCUUACCUGGAGGGAUAUGCAGCACCUGGUGGUGUGGACCUCAGAGUAUGAUCCUCUGGCUGGCAAUCCCGGCUGGAAGAAGAAUGGAGCAGGGCUGAUGGUCAACAGCAGGUUUGGCUUUGGGCUACUCAAUGCCAACGCGUUGGUGGACUUGGCUGACCCCAAAAGAUGGAAAGGAGUCCCAGGAAAGAGGGAGUGCAUUGUCAAGGACAAAAGCUUUGAACCCAGGUAA